AUGGCGGCGGCGGCGGCGGUGCGGACACCGGCGGUUCGCCGGCCGCUCCUCGUCGCCCCCCCACUCCUCCGCAUCUGGCGUUACCUCUCCUCCACCACACCACCCCCACCACCACCACCGCACCACCCCAACACUCUCGCCACCGAGCUCCUCCGCCUCCUCUCCGCCGCACCAUCCUGGACGCCGGACCUUGCCGGCGCCGUCUCCUCCUCCCUCUCCGCUGCCUCCGCCUCCGCUGCCGAUGCCGUCAUACCCGUUCUCCGGUCCCUCAAGAACCCCUCCCUCGCCGCUCCCUUCUUCCUCGCCUCCUCCGCCGCCUCCCCGCACCCGCUCCCCGCCGACGCCUACAACGCCGUCCUCCCGUUCCUCUCCCACGACCUCGCAGCCAUGGAGAAAGUCCUAGAGGAGAUGAGCGUCCUUGGGUACGGCGUUCCCAACCCCGCCUGCGCCGACCUUGUCGCGGCGCUCGUCCGCACCCGCCGCCUCGACGACGCCGAGCGCGUGAUUGGGGCCAUGAGGCGGCUCAAGUUCCGCCCAGCGUUCUCGGCGUACACCGUGCUGAUCGGCGCAAUGGCGGAGGCCAGGCGGCCUGAACGAGCGCUCGAGCUGCUGCGGCAGAUGCAGGAGGUCGGGUACGAGGUGGGCGUGCCGCUGUUCACGACGCUGGUGCGGGCUUUGGCUCGUGAGGGGCGCGUCGAGGGGGCCCUGGCACUGGUGGACGAGGUGAAGGGGAGCUGCCUCGAGCCUGACAUUGUGCUGUACAAUGUGUGCAUUGAUUGUUUCGGGAAGGCUGGGAGUGUGGACAUGGCCUGGAAGUUCUUCCAUGAGUUGAAGUCGCAAGGGCUGAAGCCAGAUGAUGUAUCGUACACGAGCAUGAUUUGGGUGUUGUGCAAGGCAGGGAGGCUAAGUGAGGCUGAGGAACUGUUUGGUCAGAUGGAGACAGAAAGAGCUGUGCCUUGUGCGUAUGCGUAUAAUACAAUGAUCAUGGGUUAUGGGUCUGCAGGCCAGUUUGAGAAUGCCUAUAAGCUUCUUGAUCAGUUAAAGGAGAGGGGUUGUAUUCCAUCCGUUGUGUCAUUUAAUUCGAUUCUCACUUGCCUUGGGAAGAAGAGGAAAGUUGAUGAGGCACUGACCUUGUUUGAGGCCAUGAAAAGGAUGCAGAGCCAAAUUCCUCGACAUAUAACAUCAUCAUUGAUAUGCUUUGCAUGGCUGGAAAAGUUCUGCAAAGCAAAGAAGUUUGAGGAGGCCUAUGAGAUGUUUGAAACUGCAAGUCAGAGAGGUUGCCAUCCUGAUUCUGUGACUUAUUGUUCUCUUAUUGACGGAUUAGGAAAGAAAGGAAAUGUUGACGACGCUUAUAGGUUAUUUGAGAACAUGCUAGAUACAGGCCACAAUGCUAAUCCUGUUGUUUAUACAUCCUUGAUAAGGAAUUUCUUCAUGCAUGGGAGGAAAGAAGAUGGGCACAAAAUCUUCAAAGAGAUGAAUCGUCGAGGAUGCCAGCCUGACCUUACCCUACUGAAUACAUACAUGGAUUGUGUUUUCAAAGCUGGUGAUGUUGAAAAGGGAAGGGCGAUAUUUGAGGAUAUCAAGGGUUAUGGCUUCCUUCCGGAUGUACGAAGUUAUUCCAUUUUGAUUCAUGGUCUCACAAAAGCUGGCCUGGCUAGGGAAACUUCCAGCAUUUUCCAUGCCAUGAAGCAGCAAGGUUUUGCUCUUGAUGCUCGGGCUUAUAAUGCUGUUGUUGAUGGGUUCUGCAAAUCUGGAAAGGUGGACAAGGCCUAUGAAGUUCUUGAGGAGAUGAAGGUAAAACGUGUAGCUCCUACAGUUGCUACAUAUGGAUCAAUUAUUGAUGGUUUAGCUAAGAUUGAUAGGUUAGAUGAAUCUUACAUGCUUUUUGAGGAAGCAAAAUCAAAAGGAAUAGAAUUGAAUGUUAUUGUGUAUAGCUCUCUCAUUGAUGGGUUUGGAAAGGUUGGUAGGAUAGAUGAAGCUUAUUUAAUAUUAGAAGAGAUGAUGAAGAAGGGUUUGACACCAAAUGUUUACACAUGGAACAGCCUUAUGGAUGCUUUAGUGAAAGCUGAAGAAAUCAAUGAAGCACUUAUUUGUUUCCAGUCAAUGAAGGAAAUGAAAUGUUCCCCAAACACUUACACAUACAGUAUUCUUAUAAAUGGCCUUUGCCGCGUACAGAAGUACAAUAAGGCUUUUGUGUUCUGGCAAGAAAUGCAGAAACAGGGAUUAAUCCCUAAUGUUGUGACUUACACAACCAUGAUUUCUGGGCUUGCAAAGGUAGGGAACAUAACAGAUGCUUGCAGUCUCUUUGAGAGGUUUAAGGCCAAUGGUGGAAUCCCUGAUGCUGCAAGUUUCAAUGCUCUUAUAGAGGGAAUGAGCCAUGCAAAUAGAGCAAUUGAGGCAUAUCAUGUAUUUGAAGAAACUCGAUUACAAGGAUGUAGAAUUAAUGUAAAGGCAUGCAUCAGUCUUCUAGAUGCUUUGAACAAAGCUGAAUGUCUUGAACAGGCUGCUGUUGUAGGUGCAGUUUUGAGAGAGAUUGCCAAGUCCCAGCAUGCUUCUAGAUCCUUGUAA